AAGCAACAGCAAUUAAGAUAUGAAAAUGAUAAGGAAAUGUUAACUAAUAGGACAGUAUUUCCUCAUAAAUAUGAUAUCAAAUACCUUCAUAAAAAAUAUCAUGAAAAAUAUAUCAGUACUUUAAAUAGUAAAGAAAUGCUUAAUCAAUUAGAAAAAGAGAUUAAAGAUUUUAAUACUAAUAAGAAAGGAAGUGCAUGA